UGUGGCAACAUCGCUCAGGCGUGAAUUCUUCCUCUCAAAUUGCGCAAGUUUUGAUGUUCUUUUAUUUUAACGGUUGAUCAAUACGCACAAUUGUCAAAAUCCUGCAAUCUGCUCUCAAUUUUUAUUUCCAGGCGGAUGUAUUGGCAAAAUCAUAUAAAUUCCAGGGAGAGUUUCGGCAAGGCAUCUUUGAAUUUUCCUUUCCUAGGCAAGAAGAAAUCUUCUGGGUCCAUUGGUCUACAACCCUGAAACAGACCUUCCCAUCAUCUAUACCAUAAGGCGUCAUCAUUUCCUGAUGAAUGGCUCAGAUACAUCUCAACAUGUGCACUGUGUAAGCUUAUCCGAUUCGAAUUUCGGCUCUCAGAUGCUUAUAUUUGUGUGUGUCAAGUCAGGUGGACUGCAAAAACUGUUCAAAUCCUGACACGUUUGCAAAUUUAUGUGCACCCACCAACCUCUUAAUGCCUUUAAAAAUUCAAAAACCGAGGGACAGCCCAUGAAAAGCGGGAACUGUCAGCAGCCUUCGUAUUUGUAAAAUAUUUCCCUUCUCUCAAUUGUGCUCCGUCGACCCUUUACGUGUCUCUUGAUCCCCGUCUUUCGCUUUUCUCUUAUAACUCACCGUAUAAAAACUUCCAUAACAGAAACUGAUUAAUAAAAAAUAGCGGUUGUAUGAUAGUUCGCUUAUAUCGGAGGAGUCUCAGUUUAGUGUCUGAAUAAAAGAUCAAGUUUUUUUCUUUUUGUGAAAACCUUGAUAUGAGAUGUUAAAGAAAUAACUUAUCUUUAUCUUGAUUAUAUAAGAAUCUGUGUUGAUAAAUUUUGUUGAAUAAAAAUGGAGGCAAAAAACGUAGUGUUGUCAGCCCUGGGGGUGGGCGUGGGGGUGGGAGUAGGGCUAGGAUUAGCGUCUGGACAGGCCAUGAACAAAUGGGCUGGAAAAGAUGUGUCUACAUACGCUAUCUCUGCGGAGAGAUUGGAGAAAGAAUUGAUGGGACAGAUUGUUGAUGGCAGAGAAAGCAAGGUUACUUUUGAUGAAUUUCCUUAUUAUCUCAGUGAGCAGACUCGAGAAUUGCUAACGAGUGCUGCCUAUGUCCACUUGAAGCAUGCGGAAGUUUCAAAAUUUACUAGAAACCUUUCCCCUGCUAGUCGGGCUAUAUUGCUCUCAGGACCUGCAGAGCUUUACCAACAAAUGCUUGCCAAGGCUUUAGCCCAUUUCUUUGAAGCAAAGUUGCUGCUGCUAGAUGUAACCGACUUUUCUCUGAAGAUUCAGAACAAAUAUGGCAGUACCAACAAAGAAUCUUCUUUCAAAAGGUGCACUUCAGAGAAAACCCUGGAGCGACUGUCUGGCCUUUUAGGUUCAUUUUCACUCCUUUCUCCAAAGGAUGAUCACAAAGGCACAUUGCGAAGGCAAAGCAGCGGUGUGGACCUCACUUCAUGGGGAAAUAAAGGUUCUAGUAAUCCUCCGUCACUACGUAGGAAUGCCUCUGCCUCAGCUAACAUCAACAACCUCGCUUCACUUAGCAACCCGGGAAAUCCAGGUUCUCUCAAAAGCACAAGCAGCUGGUCUUUUGAUGAGAAGCUUUUGAUACAGUGUCUUUACAAGGUUUUGGUUUACGUAUCGAAAACCUAUCCCAUUGUGCUAUAUCUUAGAGAUGUGGAGAAGCUCUUAUUUAGAUCUUCGAGGAUAUAUAACUUGUUUCAGAAAAUGAUAAACAAAUUGUCUGGAUCAGUGUUGAUCCUGGGUUCACAUAUUGUAGACCUGGCUAAUGAGACUACAGGGGUGGAUGAGAGGCUAACUGCUCUUUUUCCUUACAACAUUGACAUCAGACCUCCGGAAGAUGAGACCCAUCUUGUCAGCUGGAAGACUCAACUGGAGGAGGAUAUGAAAAAGAUCCAAGCUAAGGAUAACAGAAACCAUAUAAUGGAAGUGCUUUCAGCAAACGACCUUGAUUGCGAUGAUCUGGACUCAAUCAAUAUGGCAGAUACAAUUGUUCUUAGCAACUACAUAGAAGAGGUUGUGGUGUCAGCAAUUUCUUAUCAUCUAAUGAGCAACAAAGAUACUACUUACAGAAAUGGAAAACUGGUUAUAUCAUCAAAGAGUUUGUCUCAUGGAUUUAGUAUAUUCCAAGAAGGCAAAGCCAGUGAUAAAGGUUCAUUGAAGUUGGAAGCAAAAGCUGCACCAGCGAAGGAAGGACAGCCAGGGGCUGCCGGUGGGAAACCAGAAGCUGACGCAGGAAGUGCGAAACCUGACAACAAAAGUGAAGCAGAAAAAUCAGCUUCAGUGCCAAAGAAAGAUGCUGACAUUCCUGCUGCAUCAAAAGCCCCAAAACAGGAAGUUCCUCCAGACAAUGAAUUUGAGAAGCGCAUAAGGCCAGAGGUCAUACCAGCAAAUGAGAUUUCUGUAACAUUUGCUGAUAUUGGUGCCUUGGAUGAGACUAAAGAAUCUCUUCAGGAGCUAGUAAUGCUUCCUCUUCGUCGCCCUGACCUCUUCAAAGGCGGGCUUCUAAAGCCUUGCAGGGGAAUAUUGCUUUUUGGACCUCCUGGCACAGGGAAGACUAUGCUAGCAAAGGCCAUUGCCAAGGAAGCUGGAGCAAGCUUCAUUAAUGUAUCUAUGUCUACAAUCACUUCUAAAUGGUUUGGUGAAGACGAGAAAAAUGUUAGAGCUCUGUUCACGCUGGCAGCCAAGGUCUCCCCAACUAUUAUCUUUGUAGAUGAAGUGGACAGCAUGCUCGGGCAGCGAACAAGAGUUGGCGAGCAUGAAGCAAUGCGUAAGAUAAAAAACGAGUUCAUGACUCAUUGGGACGGGCUAACAACAAAGCAAGGUGAGCGCAUCCUUGUUCUUGCUGCUACCAACAGGCCAUUUGACCUUGAUGAAGCCAUUAUUAGGCGUUUUGAGAGAAGAAUCAUGGUUGGUCUUCCAAGUGUGGAGAACAGGGAAAAGAUUCUGAGAACUCUAUUGACCAAAGAAAGAGUGGCUGAAGGGCUAGACUUCAAGGAGCUUGCAACCAUGACUGAAGGAUAUAGUGGAAGUGACCUUAAGAAUGUGUGCACAACAGCUGCCUAUCGGCCUGUCAGGGAGUUGAUACAACAAGAAAGACUGAAGGAUUUGGAGAAAAAGCAGCGAGCUGCAGAAGGGAAGAAUACUGAAAAUGUUUCAGAGGUGAAUGAGGAAAGAGUCAUCACUCUGAGGCCACUGAACAUGGAAGAUUUUAAGGUGGCAAAGAAUCAGGUUGCAGCUAGUUUUGCUUCGGAGGGAUCCAUAAUGGCCGAGCUGAAGCAAUGGAACAAUCUGUAUGGAGAAGGGGGUUCGAGGAAGAAGGAGCAGUUAUCUUAUUUCUUAUAAGACAUGGAGGUAAAACAAGCAAGGAAAAACCAUUUACCGGUUUCAUUUAGAAUGUGUAAUAACAAUAUUAUAGCUAAAGCUUUUAAAAAAGAUUGUUGGUGGAAAAUGUAAUCCAAUAAUCAGUAGGAAAAGAUCUUCCACUAGAACAGUUUGUAAUAUUUGACAAUUCCAAACUGUACUAUCUUUUGUAUUGUAUCGAACUAAUAUAAACAGGUUGUUAUCUUUUUA